AUGUCCCUCGGGCUCCUCCGGAACAAAGUAUCCAACGUCGCCGCAAAAGAUCUAGCAAACUUCGUCCUCGUGUUGACUGUCUGCGUCUGGCUCUUAGUCGUAAUCUCACGCAAAGGGGGUGCCACGUUCAGCACAACAUCCAGACGCUCAACUCCCUCCCACUCCCGGGGAAGAGAGAAGACAGCCAGAAAGCCUGGAGAAUGGAUACCCUCUGAUUUCAAGCGGCCUACAGCGCCGCCCUACCCCGGCUGGGAUGUCCACUCUACAAAGCCGAUUCUCUAUCGGCCUUUUCGAUAUGGGCCGAAAUACUUCGUUACGAUGGGACUAAGAAGUAUGAAAUGGGAUGAGUGGAUAGAGCUCGAUAAUCACUACUUGAAAUUCCACGCGGACAAAGCUCGCCGCAUCGCAGAACGCGGUGAUAAAUGCUGUAAGACGGCGCCCGAGGCAAAGGAUGCAGCGAUGGAACUCCUGGAAGAGCUAUGCGCCUACCUCCCCGAGCGCUAUCCAACUAUGUUCCAGAAGACAUCGACAGGGAUUAUCAACAUGGUCACGAACGAGACAUUCGACAUCACAGCGCGGCCACUAGCCGAAGACCCGAUGGUGAUGAGCGCACGUCUAAUCCAAGACGACCUCGCCAUCAUGAUGGAACGCCCGGACGGCGAGUACUACCUCGUGGCCGGGGCAAUCCUGCUAGCUGGCUUCUGGCGCCUGAGCGACAAGUUCGGGAUGCCGUUGUCGGAGAUCCACACGUCCGGCGACGUGCCUCAGUUCCGCUCGAAGCUCGAGAAGGGGAUGAAGAAUUUCUUCCGCCGACUCAGGCCGGAAGAGCCGGUGCUGCGCAAUAACUAUUUCAUCCAGGUGGACGAGAACCUGGCAUGGUCGUACAGUAUUGGGGCGGAAGACUCGGCGGAUGUAUCGUGGGCAACGGCGGAGAAGAACAGGGCGAUUGAGCAUCAUUUCUUUCGCUCGGAGAGGCAGUCGCUCAGGCGGUUGCCGCGGUCUGGCGGGGUGGUGUUCACGAUUCGCACGUAUUUUGAGCCCGUCACCGAGGUUGCGAAGGAGCCGUAUGUGCCGGGGAGGUUGGCCUCUGCGGUGCGCAGUUGGGGCGAUGAUGUGUCACGGUACAAGGGGAAGGAGAUGUAUCAGGAUGUCUUGCUGGAGUAUCUGGAUCGAAAGCAUGAGGAGCAGGUUGCGGCUGGCUUGGAGGUGGAGCAGGAAGACGAGGGACGCAGUUAUCCAUAUUGA